AUGAACCACUUCAUGGCAAGAUCAGUCAUGAGGCGUUUGAUCGCCGGAGGUACUCGCCGCCGCGACUUUUCAUCGUACUCGCCGGUGGGGAUCCGCGAGCUGGCGCCUUUUGGCGCGUCGGCUGGGGCGGAGCCGCGGGGGUCGAGUACGGUGCUGGUCGGGUGGAGGCGGAUGAUGAGCUCGGCGACGGAGCAUUCUUCGACGUCCGCGGUGGUGGAGAAGGAAGACAAAAGCAACAGCGUGGCGGCGGGGAACGCGGAGAAAGGCGAUGUGGUGGUGUCGAGCUACUGGGGAAUCUCGAGGCCUAGAAUCACCAGAGAGGACGGUACGGAGUGGCCGUGGAAUUGUUUCAUGCCAUGGGAAACUUACCGGGCCGAUGUGUCAAUUGAUCUAAAUAAGCAUCAUGUUCCGAAGACAUUUAUUGACAAAGUGGCAUAUCGUACAGUGAAGCUUCUUAGGAUUCCCACAGAUUUGUUUUUCCAGAGGCGGUACGGGUGCCGUGCAAUGAUGCUGGAGACAGUGGCUGGCGUCCCGGGCAUGGUGGGUGGCAUGCUGCUGCACCUCAGAUCCCUACGCAAGUUCCAGCAGAGUGGUGGUUGGAUCAAGGCGCUGCUGGAGGAGGCCGAGAAUGAGCGGAUGCACCUAAUGACCAUGGUUGAGCUCGUUCAGCCCCGGUGGCACGAGAGGCUGCUUGUUCUCACCGUCCAGGGGGUAUUCUUUAAUGCUUUUUUCGUGCUCUACCUUUUGUCCCCCAAGCUAGCCCACAGAAUAGUCGGCUACUUGGAGGAGGAGGCCAUACACUCCUACACUGAGUACCUCAAGGACAUUGACAGUGGUGCUAUUGAGAAUGUUCCGGCCCCUGCUAUCGCAGUCGAUUACUGGAGGCUUCCCAAGGACGCGAAGCUGAAGGAUGUGAUUACUGUUAUACGUGCGGACGAGGCUCACCACCGGGACGUCAACCAUUUUGCUUCUGAUAUUCAAUUUCAAGGGAAAGAGCUAAGGGAGGCUCCAGCUCCUCUUGGAUAUCAUUAG